CAUAAAUAGCGCGCCGGUAUCUCUUCCCUGACAAGUCACUUCGCUGUUAUUCCGGAAAAACCAACACAUCCUACUGCAAUGGCACCGAAUAUUCGGGUGGCAGCUUGCCAUGUAUCGCCCAUAUUCCUCGACUGCAUGGCCACGGCCCAAAAAUGCAUGGAGUUGAUUCGGGAAGCGGCCCGCAACGGCGCCAACCUAGUCGUCUUCCCCGAAAGCUAUAUCCCGGCCUUUCCUCUGUGGUCCAGCUGCAUAACGCCCGCGGAGAACCACGCCUACUUUGUGCGGAUGGUAGAGGAAUCACUCUACGCCGAUGGCGAAGUCUUGGCAGCGAUACGCAUUGUAGCUAAGCAGUAUAGCAUCGCCAUCUCUAUCGGUUUCUCCGAAAAAGUACGUUACAGCAGUGCGACAUUGUUCAAUUCCAAUAUCAUCAUCGGCAUAGAUGGGAGCAUACUCGCUCAUCACCGGAAACUCGUGCCUACCUUCUUCGAGAAACUGACGUGGGCGCCUGGGGACGGAAAUGGGUUGAAAGUGGUCGAUAUCCCUAGCACUGCUGGUACGGAAGGGCAGGAAGCGAGGACCGUCAAGGUUGGGGUGCUCAUUUGUGGAGAGAACACUAACCCGUUGGCACGGUACUCUCUCAUGGCGCAGGGAGAGCAGAUUCACAUCACGACUUGGCCGGCAAAAUGGCCGACGAGGAUGGUUCAUGAGCCAGUGGAGAACAAUCCCACAGAGCCUGAACAUGGUAACAACGCCUCUGCAACGACACAUGGAAAAUACGACAACGUAUCCGCGAACAGGACCAGAGCAGCCGCGCACAGCUUCGAAGCCAAGUGUUUUAGCAUAGUCUGCUCGGGCUUUAUGUCGGGCGCCAUAGUGGACGACCUGGUGCUGAAUGCGCCGGACUACAUGAAGAACGUCGUUUCGGAGACGAUCAGGCACUCUACCCAAGCAGAAAGCCUUUUUAUUGAUCCGUCGGGGUCCGUGCUACCGGGGUUCACCAUUGGACGAGAUGGGCAGAGGAAGGAGGUGACGUCGCUUCAGUAUGAGGAGGGCAUCCUGUAUGCUGAUUUGGAUAUGGGUGCUACGAUUGAGGGGAAGCAGUUCCAUGAUGUGGUGGGUGGGUAUCAGAGGCUCGAUGUAUUUGAGCUGAAGGUGGAUACUACGAGGAGGAAUCCGGUGACUUUUAGAGAAAUGUCCGAGAUGCAGAGCCAGAAAAGUUGAUAGGUUAUCGGCUGUUUACUGUACAGUUAUUCGUAGUUCUUCAGAAAUGGAUCAGACACGUAUGCCUUGGUCCAGCGACCAUACUCCAGAGCCGUUGCAGCCAAGGUAUAGGAGCGGUUCGACUGGCUUUCAACCAGAGUCCCACCCCUGGGGCUCUCGUUGGAGGUUUGUUGAUAUUAGUCUGUAUUUCCCAUCAAUCAAUCGACAAGACAUCACUUAAGUUCAAAUUGGUGGUUGGUAAGAUCAAGGGAAAGGGGGCCACUUAACGA